AUGUAUGGGGAGCAAGAGGAGUGCACACACAGCUGGGAGGCUGCAGGGAGUUUGCCCCAAUUCGUCUUUCCCAAGCUUUCGGGUUACCCUUUUCCUACCGCUCCUCCUGUGGAUCCAUUUGCAAAAAUUAGAGUGGAUGAUUGUGGAAAAACUAAAGGAUGCUUCAGGUACGGUAAACCUGGCUGUAAUGCGGAGACUUGUGACUAUUUUCUAAGUUAUCGUAGGAUAGGAGCUGAUGUAGAGUUUGAGCUGAGCGCCGAUACUGAUGGCUGGGUGGCAGUGGGAUUUUCCUCAGACAAGAAAAUGGGUGGAGAUGAUGUCAUGGCUUGUGUUCAUGAUGACAAUGGAAGGGUCCGAAUACAGCAUUUCUAUAAUGUUGGUCAGUGGGCUAAAGAAAUCCAGAGAAAUCCUGCUAGAGAUGAAGAAGGGGUUUUUGAAAAUAACCGUGUGACAUGUCGAUUCAAACGACCUCUGUAUGUUCCCAGAGAUGAAACAAUUGUAGAUCUUCAUUUGAGUUGGUACUAUUUGUUUGCCUGGGGUCCAGCAAUUCAGGGUUCUAUAACUCGACAUGACAUAGACUCACCGCCUGUAUCAGAGCGUGCUGUCAGUAUUUACAAGUAUGAAGACAUUUUUAUGCCAUCAGCUGCCUAUCAAACCUUCUCUUCCCCCUUCUGCUUGCUUCUUAUCGUUGCACUGACCUUCUACUUAUUGAUGGGGACCCCAUGACCACUGCAAUGUAAAUGGAAAAUUGAGAAGAUUUGUCAGUCAGUUCCUCAGGAUGGAUGUAUUUUGUAUUGGAAUUUAUAUCACGUUAUCAUCUAGCUGCUGUUUUGACAAUUUCAGCUUCUCAGAAGAAAGAAAUACCAUCUUUUUGUGUGCUGGAGGUGUGCCAAACAGUUCUUUAAUAAUAAUAAUAAUAAUAAUAAUAAUCGAGGAACAAUUACAUCAAUGCAAUUACUACUUGUUUAUUGAAGAAAUGGACUUUUGUAAGUUCUUUGUGUGUGUGUGUGUGUGUGUCUGUGUGUGUGUGUGUGUGUGUUGAGGAAAAUCUAGUGAUGGACUUAUAGUAUUGAAUUAUGUAAUAUAAAAUCACUUCAAGAAGUAUUAGUGGGGAAGAUAUGUUAAAUUCUUGUGGUGCAGAUAGCACUCAGAUAAAGGCAGUCAGUGCCUGAACAUGGGUUCUUGUCACAUUACUGCUGUUUAAUAAGGACUGCUUACUUCCUAACAUAUUUUGAAUCAAAAGCAAUUUACAGGCUAAAAUGGUUUUGGUGCUUUCCAAAACCAGAAUUUACUUACUUCUGGUUCUUUUUACAAACAAGCAUAAGCAUGUUACUUUUUCAUGCAGAGUGGUACUCAGUGUUUUUACUAUAAUCAUGCUUCGUAGACAUAGCCCUACUUACUUUUUUUCAUUUAUGAGAUGCAAUCCUUUUUGUACAGGGAAAAAUGGUAAUUUAAAUUCUUCAUAUAUAGACAAAUAUAUAAAAUACAUAAAUUAUACAAGCCCCUACAAGCCAUAAGACAUUUUUCCAGUAACUAAAGUAUGUCUUUUUAUAGAAAGCAAUGUUACUGAGAGAUAAAUAUUUGUUUUCAAUUAUUGUUGUGCCGUAGUGCUAAAGGGUCUGUUUUCCCUUGUUGCGUGCCAAUAAAUCCCAUUCAUGGUAAAGACAAAAAUGAGGAGUAGCUGUUAAUUAUCCCCAUAGGAAUGGAAUGUAAACCUUAACAAAAUAUUAAUAUAUGGGGAUAAAGAAAAAUAGCCACCUUAAUUUCAGUUCCAUGAGAACCAAGGGUAAAAUCAUAUUUUCUACUGCGGACAAAAGACAAAAGCAGCAGGAAAAUAUAUUUGAAUUUUCUAUUUUCAAGAGACUGGAAAGAAAGUAGUUAAAUAUUACUGGAAAUGUUAGUUGCAGAAACAUUAACUAGAAUAACACAAUAUAUACUGUAAAAGGCUUUGCGUUGUUGCUGCCCAUGUCCAGUGUUUAUAGGAUAGGGGUGUUAUGGUUAGCUUAUGGCUGUAUUAGAGUGAUGUAGCUGUAAUGGUCCAGGAAUUAUGUGAGACAAAGAUUUAUUUGGGUGAUAUCAUUUAUUGGUCCAACCACAUAGCUUUCAAAUGACAAGCUUUCAAAAGUAAGACAUUCUUCUUCAGGUCUGAGCAAAGACAUUUGUCCUCAGGCUCUGACUUGAAGAAAGUCCAAUAAAAGGUAUCAUCAAAAGAAAUCCUUGCCUCACACAGGGUUAUCUUAAGCAGGGAUAUAACUGGCUUUUGUAUCUGAUUGUGCAGGUAGCAUGCACAAAAAACUUAUAUGGGAUGAGGUAUAAUUACAAGUUGCAGGUUCAGGCCCUAGCUUUUGCUAAUUUAUCAUGCUGCUCUACCAAGAUUAUAUAGAUUGUGCCAUAUUGGAGAACUAAGAAUUGAUGUUUCUAUCUUAAUUACUGGAUGAUGUGUAGGUGAAGCAAUAAGAAAAAGUUAACAGGAGAUGUGUUCUUUUUGUCUCAGUGUUACCCGAAUCUGAAAUUUGCAGGUUGAAUUGUUUUAGAUUUUUUCAUUAUUCAAAACUUUGUGCUGAUAUAUUUGAAAUUAAGUUUUUGCUUUUGCAAGCAUCAUCUCCAAAUUGCAAAAGGAAGAUCAACCACUAAAAAGAUUAACCAGCAUUUCCUUUCAUCUACUGUGUAAUUUAAAGCUCACUUAAAGUUGCAGGAUUGGGUUAGCAAAGGUGUAUGAAUUAGGAGACCAGUUUACACUUUAGGCCACUUAUGGAGCCCUUUAUUUCAGUAUAUUUCUGCAAGUGAAUGCUCCAUAGUUGAUUAACCAACUACUGUAAUUAUUUGAUAAGACAACAAGUGUCCAGGCCAAAUCUUUUCCCCUGAACAUCUGCUUUGGGCUUAGAGGAAGAACAAGUGGUUUAUCAGAGCAAAUUCGUCUUCCCUUGUGCUACCUAUCAGAAAGAAGGCUAGUUCAAUUCUCUGCCAGGGGCCAGCAAACCUUGCAGCAGCCUAAGAAUCACUAUACUUUAUAGCCAUUUCCAUAGUUCUCUAGAGGCUGCCCUAACAACUGAAGCAUAAGAUAAAACCCAAUUUUUGCUCUUCUCAUUCUCACUCAAGUCCUCAGAUUAGUCUAGCUUGGCUAAACUAAAAAAACGGGGUCAGUAUAUACAAACACAGCAAAAAUAACACCAGAGAGAGAGAGGUUUAAUCAACCUUGCAACAGUAAAUAGAUUCAGAGCCUAAGGUAAAUCUCUGUAGUUAAUGCGAGAAACCUCUGGGUCUCGCUAAUGCAGAAAAUACAUUAAGAUUAUGAAGUUUUCAGAGAUGUCAGCUGACCCUAUGCUGUGCAUUAAAACAGAUUUUUGCCUUCACUUUCAAUUACUUGGGUUUUGUGAUAAAGCUUUUCUACCCUUUAUUUGGCAGCACCGUGUAUCAUAUAGCUCUGUAUUUUCCCUUUUGUUCAGAUAUUGGUAGUGCUUACUCUGUAACACCUCUUCUCCAAGGAUCUUAAAGUGCUUAAUUAGCACCGGUUAGACCUCCUACAUUAUAGGGAAAAUACACAUUUACAAAAAAGAAAAAGCUAAGCAAUGUGUUGCUUCUGUCAAGUGAUCUCUGAGUUUAGUUCUGUUAUUAUUAAACUCUUCUAUAAUUUUUCAAAGAUAAGAAGGGCAGGAUUCCUGCCCCAGAGAAUUUACAGUUAGCACAGGUUUAAUGGAAAAAAGUGUUAAAAGAAUUGCAUGCUGCAAACAAUAGUACAGGAUUCCAAACUUGAGAAUGAUUAAAAGUGGAGAAAUAGGAAUAGGGAGAAAAGGGGCAUCUUAGAGCAUGGGUGCUCAACCUCCAGCCUGUGGACUGAAUGUGGCCUACAGAACCGUUGCAUCUGGUCCAUGGGGCUCCCCGCAGGUGGGAAAUUUGACAACAGGGUAGCAGUGACCACCCUCCUCCAGGGUCAAAUUCCCAUGCCCCCUCACCCAGCAUAGGCAGAUCGGGGCCGUGGCACACCCCCUCACCAGCACCCAACUGAAUCUGGGCUGGGCCCCCAGCCUGCUGCUGCCUCAGGCACCAAAUUUGGGCCACCAGCAACAUCUGGCCCAUGGAUGGAUCAGGAACCGCCCAUCCAACCUGCCAAGGAAAAAGGUUGAGUGCUGUUGUUUUACAGUGAAGGAAGUCAGUCUGAUCACAGUACUCUCUCUAUGGAGUUGGCAUGAAGACGACAAAGGUGAGGAGAUAAUUAAAACUGGGAACUAAAUUAUGUUUUGAGUAGAAAGAUAUUCUUAACCGCAUAGUCCCUUUCUCAUUACUGUUGCUACAAUUUGCUCUCUGGGAAAAUUUGACACUUAAAAAUGUUUGGAAGAUGUUUCUUGCCAGCUACAAAAUCAAACCUAUCUGGAAACUCCCUAUGGACAAAAGAAAUUCCAGAAUUGAGCAUGCUCUAGCCAAAGUAACAACAGAUUGGAAGUGAGAGGACAGAAGCAACCAAGUUCCAGAACUGUUUGCUAAGGAAUGUAAAAUUGUUAGACUACUAUUACUUGGAGAGGAAAGAACUAAGAUAAAACCACAGCACUGCUGUAAUAAAUGUAAUAAAUGACUAAAAUUAGUCCCAAGUCAGUCCACACACAGUGUUACUGCGCACCCAAGGCAUCUACACAUGCGUUACUGAGCGUAAUUGGGCAUAAAUUUGAUGCCUGCAUCAUGCUGGUAUCAAAUUUACGCCCAAGUCAGCAUAAGCCACCAUAGUUACAGUGCAGUAUUGGUGUGCAUGUGUAGACACGCACUCGUACUGCAUAGUAAUUUUUAGGUUACUCUGUAGUAACUGAAUUACUGCGCAGUAAAAUGUGCAUGUGUAGACGUGUCCAGUCAAACUUAACUUUUCAUGCCAUGUAUUUAAGUAGCAGUAACAAAGUAAACCUAGUGACUUCUCAUAUGCUGUUUUUUAAAAAACAAAUAGCAACAAAUAGUCCCUGGUAGUGCCUGUAAACUAGCCUUAUAGUGAAUUUAUGGUUUUAUGGAAGCUGUCCUUUAUACUAAAAGUCCUCGUUAUUCCCUGAACUGGUGUGCCUUGGGCAACAGCAGCACAUGCAGCUUCAUAAAUGUGCAUCAGCCCUGACUUGGAGCAUCUAUCUUUAGUAGAGAGGAUAGUUCAUAUUGUUUUUUAGCCUCCUUAGGGGACUACUAACCAAGUGGCUGCUAAAGAAGAAUCAUUCAAAGGUCUUCCAUAUGCUUGUGAGAAUAAUGAAUUCUGGUACUACCUGGUAUCUGUGUACAAACAUAGGGAUUUAGGGAUUGUUUGCAGGCAGGGGGCUGUGCAUAUACACAGUAUGAGGCCUUUGGAAAUGUAGCUGUGAUUAAUUGGUGUAACGAUGAUGUUGGAACAAGCAGACCAUAAGGUACUAGUUACUAUUAAAUACUUUAUGGCUGCCUCCAAAAAAUCUCAGUUGAAAUUGCUGCUUAUUAUGUUACCCUUCUGUCACCUUUUACUGCUUUAUAUUUUAUACUUUGCUUGUAAGCUUUUUGGACCAGGGAUCAGCAUUUUCUUCUCUGUGUACCAGGUCAAUCUGUACUCUUUGCUGGGGCCUUUAGGUGCUGUGACAAUACAAAUAUGAGUAUUAACUAUAACUCAUAAUAAUAACUAGCUAGCUUAUCUUACCUCUAAGAAAAAGAAAGAGAAGUAGGAAGGGAAGUGCACUGAAGAGUCAUUUUAUUUUCGUGGAGACAAAUAAUUAUGAAAGUUUAAUUUAUAGCAUAAAUGUUCACAGAACCUAAAGUAUAGCAUGAGAAGUUAAUAGUGUAACUUCUUUUGUAACCUAUUUGAAAGUGAAGACAUUCAUCCAAAAUUCUGAAGCAGAAUAACAUUUUGAUUCCAGAGAAGGAAAUAUAGUGGGGACGAUGUUAACAUCCUCUACUAUUCCACUUGCUUUUCCACUCUUAAGAGGGCGUAAAGGGAGUGGAGACUUGUGAGCUCCCUAAGGAUGCACCCAGUUUGCAGAAAUCCUCAGCAAAGACGCUGCCUCUGGCACUCUUCACCAUCACCAACAAGGGGUAAGGGGACUGACUGCAGCAUGACAUGCUCUGCUAAAUGCUAGCUAUCAGGUAAUCCCUUUCAGGGAUCUAUGGUGACAAUCUAAAUUCCUGACUGUCCUCAUUCCCUUCCCUACAGCACCAGCAUAAGCUGUGAGCAGCAGACUAUAUGGCCCUCUAUGGAAUACAUCCAUUGCAAACUUACUUCAGUGCAGGUACUUAAAACUGCAAUGCAGCUGUUUAUGUUAAAGAUCCAGUACAGACACGUAUCACAGUUGUCACUGGAUCAGUCCUUCUGCCUAGUCUCUUCUCUUUCACAGUGGCCUUACUCAGAUGCCUCAGAAGAUAGUGUAUAAACAACAGUUAUUACAAUUACCUGCUGUUUAGGAAAGUUUUUCCUACUGCUGGGUAGUUAGCAUCUACCUUGUGUCCUGAAGCAAUGAAGGCUUAUGUCCCUUAAGUAUUUUUGCACUCUUUUGCAAAACGGUGGAUGGUGUUCUUAUAAUUCACAUAAAUGCUUGAGUCUUUUUCUGAAAUGUUCAUCCUCUUUGACACUGUGUUAUGGUUUUAAAUUCAACAGAUUUCUUUUAUGUUCUUUAAAGGCAAGAUUAUCAGAUUUAAUGUGGGUGUGAAGGAGAGUUGGCAGGAAAUAAGGACUGCGCUGGCCGCCUCUAUGUGAUGAAAAAGUUUUGAGACAGUAGUAUGAAGUCCUUGCCAGCUGUAAAUACUGUUUCAGCUCUCUAUAAAGCAGUAUUAAAGAUGGUGUGGACAAGCAAGAGGAGCCAAGACCCUCACCCCAUAUUUUCCUCUUUUCCAUUGUUACUCAUCUUAGCAAUACACCAGACUGCAAAGCUGUGAAAACUAACUGUGUCCCUGUCAGUGCUCUCUUCCCAGCCUGCCUUUGUGGGUACUGCAGCUAUCCACAACCUCAGGCUCAGGACUGAGUCUAAUCAUUGAUUUAUAAGCUUGUAUUUUUUAUCAAACUUUUUCUUUUAGUUUCAUUGAGUACCCCACUGUUUUGCCACCUUGGAAUAGACUAAAUAGGGCUUCCUGCCUGACUUCAUACCAUGUACAGAGAGAUCUCUGUAAUACCCUCUAUUAUUUGUCUCCUCCAAAAAUAGUACCAACCUGGUUCUGUUCUGCAGGAGCUGUGCCAGAGGUAGCCACAUGGUUUUCCUCCUCCAGAGACAGGUUGCAGCUAGAAGUGAAGGCAUGUUUUCAGCUCUCCAUUGUGGGUGGCUGAAUAUAUUCUGGAAAUUGCUCUGUCUGACUUGUAUAAUCCAUUUGAAGCUUCAGAAGGCAAAUUAUAAUAUUAUUAUAGUGUAGUCAUAUACAUUGUACAUGUAAAACUUUUGAUAUAAUCAACAGCCUCCACUUAGAGCCUGAGUCUGUGGGCUGUCUCAAACCUGUUUGAUAAUCCUCAACUCCAUCCUGGGGAGGUAACCCAAAGUGUGGUAAAUAUUCUGAAAGGACUGGGAGGUGUCAAAGUGUUACGUGGUUUUCCUUAAUCAAGGCUAGCUGCCAGAGUAGUUUAGAGGUUGACAGAUUGUCAAGGAAAGUGGAAGAUAGAUGGAAAUGGUAAUGCAUUGAUAAGCAAAAGAAAAGGAUACCAUCUAGCUCUGUGCAUCCAUGUGUUAGCCAGCGAUUGGAUAGUUCAAAGAAGAGCAUGUGUAUAAAGAUGUGUGCAUUUUGGAUAGCUUUGGAUUUGUGUGUACCCUGACACAUUUCCCCUGGACUAACUAACUGACAGUGAAUAAAGGCUGUUUGAUUCCUAUUUGUUUUUUCUUACUCGGUGAACCUGUAGCAGUGGGACUGGAAAAAGUGUCCCAGGAGGUUGUAACAGAUCCUACAUAGCAUGGUGUGCAGGUACAGCAGUCUGCUUCGUGCUACACAAUACAGAAUUAUAAUCUCAGUUAGUAUUUUAAUAUAAAAUGUCUAACAUGACUUCCCAUAAUGUUUUGGCCAUUAAGGAGGCAGUUUAAUUGCCUGUUAUAAUUAUUGCUUUUGCUUUUGUGUUUGAGAGACAUUUCCUUAGCACCAGAUUCUGUAAUUACUGCUCACAUUUAAAAUACCAGUCAGUUUGAAGAAGAGGGACACAAUCUGACCCUAAUGAGAUUCUACACAAAAGCUGAGUUCUCUCUUGGCCAGUAUGGAUUAAAAAUUACUUUCUAUCCCAUGAUGCAUAUUUACGUGUGGAUACAUUUGACCCUGAAGAUUUGAUCCUGCCCAUUGAGAUAGUGGGGAAACACAUCACACAGGCAAGAUCUUGACAGAACUGUCACUGCACAUGUACAAGCGCACUAGUAGUUUCACAAGGCACAGAGCUGUGCGUACUUGAGUGUCAGGGAGUAGAACUGAGCUGUCCAUGUUAAACAGCUUUCAUUGUUGUACAUCAGACGCUGACCCAAAUUAAAUCUCAUUGUAGGAGCAGAAUUUCUGCCAUGUUGGACCAGAUCCUAAUCGAAGUCUCAUUAAAAAAAAAUCACAUGAUGUGCUCAACUUUCAUGUGGAUAUUUUCAACAGAUCUGGGAGCUUUAAAAAAUAUCUCAAGUUUCCAGAAUGUAGAAGUCAUUAAGAUUAAAUGCAGAUUAUAUAUUUGCUUAUCAUUUUACAACUUGUCCUGUGUUUCUUCAUUUGCAAUCAGUAAUAUGUGCAAUAGGGUAGGUGUUCAAGUGUAGUCUAGAUGUUUAAGUAUCUGAUUUUUUUAAUAUGCAAGUAUGGUAUAGGUAGAUCCCAAUUUUCUGAAUCCAUUUUAUCCAGACUUCUGUGUGGUUAGUGUUUAAUUCUGCAUCCAAAUCAGUGUAUACAUAGACGUGAUUUGAAUUUUCAAAUGUCCUCUGAGAGCUGUGUAGAGUUACCUAUGCUACUCUGGAGAUCUUCAAAAGGAGACUGGACGCACACCUUGCUGGGGUUAUUUGACCUCAGCAGUCUCCUGCUUGGAGCAGAGGGCCUAGACCUGAUGAUCUCACAAGGUCCCUUCCAGCCCUAAACUUCUGUGAAUCUGUGAAAGCUUGUAUUUAGACAUCUGAUUGAUCUAAACUGAAUAUAUGGAAGGCUGAGCCAAGAAUCUGGUGAUUACAUGAUAGAAGAGAGUACCUAGAUGACUUGUAUAUGUGAUGGAUGUGAAGAGACAAUCUUAAAAUACAGGAACACUUCUCUCUCUCAAAUUGAAAAGGCUGGCUACAAAUAUUAACUAACUAUAAUAAAAAUAGGACCACAUAUUUUUAUUAGAAUUAUCAUUUGAACUUGUAUUGCAUUGAUUCAGGAUACAGUUUCCUUGACUGACUUUUAUGAUUUUAUUAGAUUAAAAGAAAAGGGAAACUAUUCUGCUAAUUUCAUUUGAGGCUAAAUAUAUAAAUGACCUUACAACACUUCUGAAAGGGAAGCUGCUUGUAUUAAAAGUUGCUCACCUAACAGUUAGGCACAUUCUUUUUAGGAUUUUAAAUUAAUUUCUCUCAUGUUGAAAAAAUUGUUAAGAAAACUCUUGCAACCUAUAUUAAUGCAUUGUACUCUGAUGCUCAAUAGAUCUGAUCUACACCAGCAGUUAGCUAUUGGCAUUAGCCAAAAUUUUCAAACUUUUUCUAAAACUACUCACUCAAACCCACAUCUUACCCCCAAAGAAGUUUGCACCCUUGACUAGAAGUGGAAAUAUUUUGUUCUCAUACAUCAAGUGCCAUCAGUUCUGUUUAGGUUGUGACAGAUUUCUGGUUGUACUUGGUAUUUCUGGUUAGCACAUUAUGAGGUUUGAUAUGUUGUACUUUUUGGAGAUUAAGAGACUGUAAUAGCUAUGUUAGCUCUUGCCAGUUUUUUUCUGUAUUACAUAAAUUGUAAAAAAAAAUCUCUAAACUGUUUAAUGUUUAAUUGUGUGCAGUGUUCUAAAAAUGAUUUUUUAUUUCUAAAUAAUUGAUAUCCAUGCACAGCUUGUAAAUAUAGUAUUGGAUAUUUAGCAUGUUCCUAAUUUUUUGCCUUGAGCUUUCAUUUCAUCAUGGGCCUAAUUUUGCACUCUUUUCUGCCAAAAGUUAAAGUCCAUGAGAACUGCUUGGGUUAAAAAAUAUAGAAUUGAGCCCACUGUGAUUUAAUUGUCAAAUACUGGAAAAGAGAUGUUGGUAAUAACAAACCAAUGUGUUACUGCAUUAGACCUUGCAGGAACACAGAGCUAAGUAAAUUAUUGUGACUAGAAGGACUAUUUUAUAAUCAGUGCAUGCCCUAAAAAUAUUGCUUUGUAACAGCUGUUUUAUACUAAACUGUUGCUGAUGUCACAGUGAGCUUAGCUAUUUAACAAUGACAUAAACAUUUAUAAACCGGUUAUAAUAAAUGCCUUUUUUGAUAUAAAAAUGUUUGGUGUAGACUCUGUAAAGUAUGUCAGUAACUUUAAAGCUAAAAUACCAGCCUCCCCUUCUAACAUCACAUUAGUGCUUCCAGUUGGAGGUAUCUGCUUAAAUUCAAUACUAUGAGUAUACCAGCUGAAGUCAGUGGGACCAGUUCCAUAGUAAAUUUAAGCAUGUGUGCAAGUAUUAGCCCAACUGGGGACUAAAUGUAUGACUUAUAAUGUAUUUCUUUUUAAUGUAUUUCUUAUAUAUUUUAUGUAUUUCUUCCAUUCAUCAAAAUCAUAAUGGAUCUGUUAAGUAUACAUUUAAAUUUAUACUUAAUUGUAACAUAAAUUAAAAACACACCAAAUAUAGCUUCUAAUAGGGAUUCUUAUGUAUCUGGAGAAUAUCUUUAAACAUUUUUGUACGUUUACGUUUCUUUGUUGUUUUCUAGUGGAAAAAUCCCUGGGUUUGAAGAAUGUUUUUCCUUUUUUAAUUAUGCCUUGUACACAGUAGUUUGGCUACAUAUUAGUCAUAGGUAUAUGAAGCCAGCCAAGAUAUUAAUAUUUCAAACUUGAUUGCUGCCUCUGUAGUAGUCUGCAUGCCUUCUUCAUGCAGUUUUAGCAGUAAGACUUUCCACUUUUUUAUCCCAAUGAUAUAUCUCUGGUAUAAUUAUAAAACAAUACACAUGGAGUAGGAUAGUA